CCUUCUCCGUAGGUGGCCCUUGGAGCGAUCUGUGACUGUGCCCCUUCCCCUUCGUCAAAACCGAUCGCAGAUAUCUCACAGGCCAGCAAGUACAGAUUCUUUCUGUAAUGGCUUUGGGCUUUGCGGUGGGCGUUUUUGGAGUUCUGAUACUCGCUCAUGCAGCCUACUCAACCAUCCAAUAUAGGGGUUUGUUGAAGAUAAUGGAGGAGGAGUUUUCAGGACCUCCCAUGACUGUUUUAGCUGAAGUACUUCUAGGAUUAGGUUUAUGCAUGUGGGCGGGACUUACUGUGCCAGGGAAAUUCCUGUCAAUACAUCCGGAUUCUGAAGAGAACAGGAUAGUUUCUUUACCACUCAAUGUAGAUUUCAUGAUCUUCAACCAUCGUGGCAGAGCAUUUUCUUCUGAAAUAGAUAUGAAGUUGAAGUAUUAAUGUCUUUUUAAUCAAGGCAGUGGAUCUUCUUUGGCUAUCAGAUCUUCAACCAUCAUUUAUUCGACCUCAAAAGUAAAAAAUGGAUUUGGGUAAUCUUUAGUACCAUCUACUUGUUUUUAGUUAUGAUUGUUAGUUUAUUUUCUUCUUACCUGCCUUGCUACUGCUUACCAUAACAUUGUCUUUCAUGGCUUUCCAUGUUAUCAUCAAAUUUUAAGGUAUUUCUAAGAGGUGUUUGAUAAAGA